CUCCAGCUCCAGCUCCAGCAUCCUACCGCACUGCUCCCGCCCCGCCACGAUGCGGCCGCCGCGAACGCCCGGCCGCCGCGACGCGGCGUCGCCGCAGACGCCCAAGGGGUUCAACCCGGGCGACCCCGUGGAGGUGGUCCCCGACGAGCCCGGCCUGCGCGGGGCGCACUUCGCGGCCGUCGUCGUGGGGCCCAGCGCCAAGCCCCGCGGCGGCUACACCGUCGAGUACGACUCGCUCCUCGAGUCCGAGGACUCCGACCGCCGGCUCCGGGAGGCACUGCCGGCGCGGAGCCUCCGCCCUCGGCCCCCGCCGCCGCCCGCGCCCGCCUCGGGGUCGGGGCCCCCGCCGCCCGCGGAGCACGCCGCCGUCGACGCGCUCAUCGACGACGCCUGGUGGCUCGGGGUCGCCCUCGGCCGCGCCGGCGCGCCCGGCAAGGUCAGGGUGUGCUUCCCGGAGACCAGGGAGGUCAUGGAGUUCGAUGCUGCCGAUGUCCGCCCCCACCUCGAGUGGGUCGCCGGCCAGUGGCGCUCCCCAGAUAGCAUGGAGAUACCCAAGACAAUGCCAUAUGCAAAAGGAAUGCAAAUCGAAGUUUCUAAGUUGGAAGAAAAUUCUGUUGUUGCUUGGUCACCUGCAGUUGUUGCAAAGACUAUCUGGAAGAACAACCUAUUAGUCGACUACACUGUUUCAAAGUGUUAUGGUACUGCAUUGUCUGAGGAGAUUGUUGAUGUCAAGCACGUGAGGCCUUGCCCACCACAAGCAUCAGAGAUUAGUUUCUGCAUCAAUGAUGAGGUUGAAGCAUUCCAAGGUGAUUGCUGGUGGCUAGGGGUGAUUACUAAGGUUCAUCCAGAAUUCAAGUACACAUUUAAGUCGGCGCAUUUAGGGACGGAAGUUGAGGUGAACCAGAAUUCUCUGAGGCUUCGAUAUGACUGGGUUGAUGACCAGUGGGAACAAGUAUCAAAGAAUGUGGCCAAGUUAAAAUUUACACAAGGUGUCAAAGUUGAAGUCUGCAGCGAUGAUGAAGGUUUUCGUGGAGCCUGGUUCGAGGCGACUAUUGUUAAACCUGUCGGCAGCAAGUUCCUCGUGGAGUAUGCUACACUGAAGGAUGAUGACGAUACCAAACCUUUGAAAGAAACUGUAGAAGCGCGACACAUCAGACCUUGUCCUCCAGAAAUCCCUGUCUCUGAUGGAUUCAAGCUACUUGAUGAGGUCGAUGCUUUCUGCAAUGACGGGUGGUGGGUUGGUGUGGUGUCCAAGGUCCUUGGCGAGAAGAGGUGCAUGGUCUACUUCAGGCCUUGGAAGGAAGAGAAUGAAUUCGAGCAUGCACAGCUGAGGUUGCACUCUGACUGGAUGGGUGGAAGGUGGAUGCGGGCUUCCCCGGCUCUGGAGAUGUGAAGGCUGAAGAACCACACAAUGACGUUAGAAUAGGAGCUUGAGGGUAAUACCCGACGUUGAAGUGUGUCCUCACUAACUUACCACAUUUUGUCGGCCUCUGCACGAAGUUGCCCCUGUGCCAUCUGCAUAGGAAGGUCAGCAAGUUGGGUGAUGAUCAUAGUGCAGUUGUUGCAAGUUGCCACACCAUCAGGUCUGAUUCUGAAUGCUUGCCGAUGGUUGACCCCAUUGUCUUGUACUAGGAACUAGUAAGCACAUUCUGCCAGUGUUAAGGGGUGGAAGAACCGGAAGCUGGGAACUGCAGUGCUAAUGUUUAGAGGUGUCAUCAAGUGAACCCCUUCAUGAUUGCGUGGGGUAUCCUAUUUCUUUCGCGUUACAGAACAGUGGUGUGCUUGGUAAAUUGCUUUCUGAUUCUGGUGGAUGAGCAGUUCGUCA